CCUCUGAUAGAAACCACGUGUUCCUCGUCUGAUCUCUCAGCUCGUCCUUGUUUGUCCUCUGCAGCGUCACAGCGUCACUUCUCCUCGGGUUCACCAGAGGAAACAUCGCAGCUCCAAAAUGCUUCUCCUCCCAGCCGCCGCCCUGUGCUGCCUGUGUUCAGCGCUGGUUUCCAUGGCAGCCGAGCUGAUUCAGGAUGAUUUAUCAUUGACCAGGAGAGUCGGUGAAGAAGUCUCCUUCAGCUGUGGAGGCACUCACCAGUGUUCCAGUAACUACGUAUUCUGGUACCACAAGAAAAACACAGAAACAUUCAGAGUGAUUCUUGAUAUUGACAAGAGUAAUGGAGCUUUAGAUAAACGCUACAAUCAUCCACAGAAAGAUGAUUUCUCAGCUGUGAAAAAGAACGGCUGGGAGCUGCAGAUCAAGAGAGUUAAAGACUUUCAUUCAGCCACAUAUUACUGCUCCUGUUGGAAGUCUGGUUACCUCAUCUUCGGCUCUGGGACUAAACUGUUUGUCACAGAUGAGCAGGUGGUGAAACCCGUUGUGAGCUUGUACCCGGCAGCAUCGAGAGCCCAGCUGGAGGAGAAGAGCUCUCUACUGUGUGUGGCCUCAGCCAUGUUUCCUCCUCUGGUCCAGAUCUCCUGGAAAAAACAGAAAGGGAGUGAUCCUCUGGAGGAUGUGAACCCUGCUGAUGUGAAGCAGCAGGAGCUGAGGGAGUCGGGGUGCAGCGCCUCCAUCUUGACGAUCCCUCAGAGAAAGUACAACCCUUAUAAAUACCUCUGCUCAGUGCAGCAUGAGGGGGGCACAGUGACUGUUCAAACAGAAAUAGUGUCCUUUCAGUCUCAGUGCAAGGUGAAGCUGCUGACGCUGCUGUACACGGUGCUGAUACUGAAGAGUCUGGUAUACUGCUGUGGACUCUCUCUGCUGAGGAUCUUCAGAAACGACAAACCGUCCAUCCACUGAACAUGUGCUGACUGAUCGUCUUCUGAUGUUGCGUGCCGUAGUGUUUUGUAGUUUUUAUGAAAGAAGCUUGUUUGUGAAAAAGUAAAGCUCUAUGCUGAUGACACUGUGUUUUUUGUACAUAAAUGAACGUACUGCAGGGUGGGAUACCUUUAUCAAUUUAUUCCAUUUACAGCUUUUAUCAGCAGUCCAAAAUGUUGUCUAAGAAGUCUAAUACCUCAAUCUUAUGGUUUAUCUUCUUACUCCUGUAGUUCAAACAUAUAUAACAAAAUAAAAAUGAUAGAAGCUUAUUUUUUAAAAGUACAUCACCGGGCUUGGGGGCAUGUACAAUCAGCAACUGAAUCAGAAUAACUUUUAUUGCCAAGUAAGGCCUGGCUAAUGUGAGAGGCCACACAUGACGACAAGUAAUGACAGAUUUACCAGUUCAGUUCUUUUAGUGUGUGUGGAGAGCAACGAGAUGACCGACUCAGCUAACACACUCACAGAUUAAUUCAACAACAGUCUCCACUAUCAGAACUCGUGGUCUUGCACAGUAAGUUUGGCUAUUCUGUUCAAAGUGACAAUUCACAGAGUCCAUGCUCGGCCGUCCUCGGUGUUCUCCCCACACAACAGGAUGUCUGACAAUUUAAAGUUGGGGCACCGAGGUUAAAAUUACACACUUUACACCACAGGAACAUCUGGUGAGAUAAUCUUUGGAACUGUCAGAUAAUCAGGCUUUUGCUGAAUUUGGUCAGACGUGGAGCAUCGGCACCGAAAUCAGCUCGAUUAUCUUGUUGUGUGUACCCCACUUAAUGUUACAUAUAUAACACAAACAUCUAUCAGAUUGUAUCGUAUAUAGAAGGAACUUGUCUUGGUGUUAUUGGUGCAUUAUUGUUUAUAAAACUCACAUGAACAGCAGUACUGCUACUGUCAAGAAGUGUAGAAAUACUGUUACAUACCAGCAUAAAUAUAAAGCUAAAUCAAAUAAAAGAGUAAAAGAUGUGUCUUUGGUGUAUGAAAGGAGCUGGAAGUGUUUUGUUUUUCUUUUUAAAUAAAAGUCUGUGCUUUUAAGGAUUUCAUUUAGCUUCACAAUAAAUAUGUAAAAACACAA